CUUUGUCUCUGCCCUAGUCCUCGUACAACCUGAUUCAGCCCUUCCAUUCAUUGGCGAGGUGGAUGCCUCAGACACUGGGGUUCCCGUAACAUCAAGCCUGAUGCCCUAAAAUGCCAGUUUGCCUUGGAGAAGACUGGUUCUGAUCUGGACCCCAGAUCCACCUGCCAUCCACCUGCUUCAUCGCCACCAUCACAUGGGUAAUCGAGGCACUGGUUAAGUCAACAACAUGACCCUGUUCUGGUGGCCUACAAUGGAUGCCGACAUCCGAUCCUUCAUCUCAGCCUGUUUUGUGUGUGUCCAAAACAAGUCUUCCACUAAACCCAGCUCAGGACUUCUCCUCCCUCUGCCCGUCCCCAGCCGUCCAUGGUCCCAUAUUGCCCUGGCCUUUGUCACUGGUCUCCCCAUCAUCGAUUGUUUUUCUAAAGCUGCUCAUUUCCUUGCCCUGCCCAAACUUCCCCUCAGCUAGGGAGACCGCAGACCUCCUAGUGGACCAUGUUUUUCACUUCCAUGGCAUUCCAUCAGACAUAGUGUCCGACAGAGGUCCUCAGUUCACUUCACAAAGUUUUAAGACUUUCUCCACUGCCCUGGGAGCUGCUAUCAGUCUCUCUUCUGGAUACCACCCCAAACCAAUUGCCAAACUGAACAAGCCAAUCAGGAGAUGGAGACUGCUAAUCCGUCCUCCUGGAGCUCCCAACUGCCCUGGUUGGAAUAUGCUCACAACUCAAUCAACAACCCAAAUCAAUGCCUCUUCAGGUAUGUCCACCUUCCUCUGCUCUCUUGGUUACCAAUCUCCCUUGUUCCAUGUGCAGGAACAGGAGAUUGCUGUUCCAUCAGGCCCGCUCUGCUCUGCUCUGCUCUGCUCUGCUCUGCUCUGCGCUGCCACCAGGACUGAAAAACAAGCCAACUGCUGCCGCAUCCCGGCACCCAACUACAUGCCUGGUCAAAGCAUGCGUGCACUACACUACUGGCAACAGGUGGGAGACUUUUGGAGGAUGGCUCUGAAUUUGUUUGAGAGGAGAGGGAUAUUGACAUUGAUGGUGCCUAUGGAAGACAUGCUACUGCUUCUUUCCCUGCAAGGUCUGAAAGCUUGCUAAAAAGUUACUGGAGUGGAGACCAUCCAUGGAGAGCAGGAAACGAUGGAGCAACGUACUGUCUGAUGAAGUUGUUAACUCAUCGGAAUCACACAUGCCACCAAAGCGACUGUUAACAGACUCUUAUUUCACUGGUUGCACAAUAAAUGGAAACAUACAGAUAAAUGUACAUGAUACAAAGUAGCUGGCCUGCAGUAACCUGUAUAGACCCCAGUUGCGGAACUAUUUGUGUUGGCGGAACCAAAUAAAUGAUUAAAUAAACAAACUAAUCAUAAUCUGUAGCCGCUUAUUACUAAUGUUAA